AUGACUUUGCACCAGGUUUUGAAAGAGGACUGUGGCCUGCUUGGCCACACAUGUCUCCCUCUGGCUUCCAACCUGUCAAAGCGCUUUCUCAAUCCUACAGUAACCCAUCAGCUCAGCUGCCCAGACCGAUGUGCCAAGAGUGCACUUCUCAAGGGUCAGGGGCUUGGAUUCCAGGGAAGGUACCCGUUCUCGACAGAAUUAACCCGACAGCAUCUGUGGAAGUCGUUGGCCCCGAGCCUGGGCCGGAUCGCGUCCGGCGCGGGCAGGGACACAACUAGGCAGCGGGGGCCCUUCACGUGGCAGAGGCGUCCUGGCCUGGGGCCGGCGAGCCCGGAGGAAUUUGUCUGGAACUUUUCCACCGAGGCAGAGCCUCCUGGAGCUCGCUCUGGGCUCGGCGAGGGGAGCCCCGGCCUUGAUUUCUCCCGCAGCCCCGCGGGGCGGAGCCGGGAAGGGGCGGGCAGGCUGAGGACACUGGCGGGAGAAUGUUCGGAAUGUGCCAGGCGCAUCUACCUACCCCAGGAGAGGGCAGAGGAAGGGGGCCGGCCGAGGGGAGGGGCGAGGGGCGAGGCUCCCGGCGGCCGGAGAAAACCUGUUUGUUCUCCUGCGGGCGGAGCCCAGUCCGCGCCUCCUUACCUCCCUGAGAGCUCCCUGCUGAGCCCCGUGCCCCGCGCCCGCCGCCCCGGCCCGGCCGGGCGCUGCCCACGCGAGGGAGCCCGCACCCCGCACCCACCAGACCCUCCUCUUACCCCACGGACCAGGCACCUGUGCCAGG